GAAGGCACACGUCUUUAUAUAUUUUUGGACUGUCAAAAUAUCAGCCAAAAGAAAGGUAGAGAGUACAGUAAAUGUGAAAAAGCUAAAAGUAGGAUCAUCUGACACCCGUGCCAGUUGCCACCGACACCCCUUACCUUCCAUUUUCCUAAAUUCACACUCCAAACACAAAACCCCCCAACUCUUCAAUCCAUUUGACAGAAAAAAUGGCGAUUUCAGACAAAGUAACAGGGAAUUUAACAACGUUGUACCUAGCAAUGAUAGGUGCAAUGAAGGCCUACGCGUUAAUGACUGGUCGAAACUUCAGUGGUUGUUUCGUGCUGAUUUUUUCGACAGCUGCAGUUGUUGUGGCCUUGAUUGCAAGUCUAACGUGGGAUAUAUCUCUCAAGGCAAGAAAUGCUAUGACUCGUGAUGAUCAUCCUCAGGUUUAUCAACAUGGUCAUGAAUUUUGUCGAGGUGGCAUCUGCUGGCACGGCGUCGCCGUCAGUUCCCCGGCGUCUCAAGUCCGUUUCCAGCUUCCUCAGAACCGUAUCUAAAACAAAUUCAGCAUUUAAUUAAACGAUGUGAGUUUUGAAUUGAAAAUGUCCGUUCUGAAAUAUCUAUUGAAUACAUAGUAUUAUAUACAUAAAAUGGGGCAAUUAUUGUAGUGAAUCGGCCAAUGCUCAUAUACAGAGUAUAAUGUAAAUUUGCAGAGUGGUGAAAAGAUGUUAGUACUAUAUAUAGCAGUAGUACUUACUUUUUGCUUUUCCUCAUGAAUAUAGCAGUAGUAGUUCACCGAAAAGAAGUAGUAAUGUGUUUUCUUGAGUUGUUUAUUAGCCAUGGAAUUUCAUCUACUCAAAAACGAAAAAUGGAAAAAGUCACCAGCAAGAGAAAUUGUCGUGGUUAAAUAUUACAUUGGAUAUCAACAACAAUUCUAGCGAAGAAUUAAGGAUGUAAUAUGCGAAGUUUG